AUGCUGCCGCUAUUCGGGAUGUUCUUCUUCCUGGCCCUCUUAGUAAUGCGCAGCAGAAAGCAUCGUGGUGGAAAGCUGACGGAGGUCUCCAUCAGUCUCCUGCUGGAUACGCUGGAGGGUGCACCGACUGGCGACAUACAGCAGGCGGUGAUAGGAGCUUCGCAGUGUGUGCUCUAUUUCUCCAGCGGAGCCAGGCUGUUUGCGCGCUUGCCGACUGCCGUGAGCCCCGUGAGGGAGGAGCUUUGGUCAGCACUGCGCCGUGCCAAGGUUCGGAUCGUGGCCGAACAUGUAAGCGGGGUGCCGCAGAUCUUCGUCAGCGGCCUUUUCUUGGUGGUCUACCUGGGAAUGGUCUGGACGAUGAUGCGACGCAUGACGGGUGGCCGCGGCAAGGGCUGGGGCGAUGCCCGGAAGAAGGUGAUGCAGGCCCAGCAAGCCUCUGGGUCUAACGCCUUGGUCACGCGCUUCGAUGACAUCGCGGGCAUCGACCGCUCAAAGCUCGAGGUCCAGGAAGUGGUUGAGAUGCUGCGAUCUCCCGGAAGGUAUGCCGCCCUAGGUGCAAGUGUUCCCAGGGGUGUGCUGCUGGCUGGCCCGCCUGGUUCCGGGAAGACUCUCCUGGCCCGCGCCACUGCCGCCGAGGCUGGUGUGCCCUUUCUCAACGCUGCGGCCACCGAGUUCGUUGAGCUCUUUGUUGGCCGCGGUGCAGCUCGUGUGCGCCAGCUCUUCGAACGAGCGCGGAAGAUGGCGCCGUGUAUUGUGUUUAUCGACGAGAUCGAUGCGCUUCGGGCCCGCUCCAACAACCUCAUGGGAAUGGCCGGCGGCAAUCAGGAGGCUGAGUCUACGUUGAACCAGCUACUGACGUGCAUGGACGGCUUGGCCACUCGCGAGCCCGGCCGCCCGGUUGUCGUCAUUGCGGCCACCAACAGACCCGAGGUUCUGGAUGAAGCGCUACUCCGCCCAGGACGCUUCGAUCGAGUCGUUCAGGUGCCGCUUCCAAAUGCUGCCGGGCGACUGGAGAUUCUGAAAGUCCACCUUCGCUUGCGUUCGGUGCCUGUGGCCCCAGAGGUUACCGCGGAACAGCUGAGCGAGAUCGCCGAAAGGUGUGACGGCUUCCCAGGUGCUGCUUUGGAAGCCAUCGUGAACGAGGCCGCCAUCCGUGCUGCUCGUCGGAACUCAUCGACGGUCAGCAUGGUCGAUUUUGAAGCGGCUGUGUCGGAGUUCAACCAGUCUCGAGAGAAGACGAGGCAAGAUUUCCCGUGGAAGCUGUAG